CGCCACCGAGUUACUAGGCUGUCUCGAUUAACCAUUCAUUAAAUUUGAAUGGGCGUGGCUAGAACAAUAUUUUUAAGGCGUUCAAUACAAAACAAAAGCUUAAGCAGCACUUUUAUAUUUUAUUCAACAAUAAUUCUUAUGAAUGGGAUUUAACAAGUGGACUUUUUAGUGCAACCUCCUUCCAAAGCUGCAGUUCUGUCCGAUCAAAGGCAUCGAGGAUUUGAAGGGAUUAGUCAACGUUUCCUUCCCAAAAAGAGCUUUUACCGGGCAGACCAAUUAUAUAACCGCAUUAUACAAUAAAUGGAUCGCCAUUAAAGCAAAUGCAGUGACACGGACAGUUUCUGCACACGCUGAGUGGGACUUCCUGCACGAUGCGCGUCGUCCUUCUGAGCAGAUCUCCAUCUGCCUCUGCAGGCUGAGCUGGCUCUCGUCUUCUUUCUCCUCCUCUUUCCCUUCCUCCUCCUCUUCCUCUUAGCUUAAGCGGAGCUCAAGGAAAAGAGAGAGGGUUGACACUGUCUGCUUUAAGACUCGCCCCAUUGUUGCGUAGUUUGUAAGAAACUACUGGUUGGAGCAGUCCACACGGGAGUUUUUCCUCAGAAUCCUGCUGCAGUUUUGUUGGGAACUAUGGUUCUGCAGAGAGUGAUCCGUGCUGUCAUCAUGGGACCUCCUGGAUCGGGGAAGGGAACGAUGUCUGCGCGCAUUAUCAAAAGUUUUGGACUGCAACACAUGUCUAGUGGGGACAUUUUAAGAGCCAAUAUCCAGGAUAAAACAGAGCUCGGCCUGUUGAUGAAGUCCUGCAUCGAUCAGGGACAGCUGGUGCCUGACGACAUCAUUUCCCGUCUCAUCCUGAAUGACCUGAGGAAGAUAGACAACAGCGGCUGGCUGCUUGACGGAUUUCCUCGGACUGUGUCCCAGGCGGAGGCUCUCGAUAAUGCCUUCUCUUUAGAUACAGUCAUCAACCUGGAUGUCCCUUUCCAGACCAUCAAAGAAAGGCUGACCUCUCGUUGGACUCACAUCCCCAGCGGCAGAGUCUAUAAUACAGAUUUCAACCCACCGAAAGUUCCUGGUUUGGACGAUGUGACAGGAGAGCCUCUGGUUCAGAGAGAUGACGACAGACCGGAGACGGUCACACGGAGACUGAAGUCCUAUGAAACCCAGACAGAACCCGUCCUGGAGUUCUACAGGAGUAAAGGUGUGCUGGAGAGCUUUACGGGAACAGAAACCAACAAGAUAUGGCCGCACGUCGAAGCUUUUCUCCACAGAAAAUUCUCCUCCCUCAGUCAAAGAGCUGCUUAGCCUCAGCAAAAUCCAAGAACGGCUCAAGUUUACUGAUGGAAAACCAAACUGUGCACCGUCCAAUCAAAAAUGCAGCAUGUAAAUAGUGGUGGAGCAUAGAGGAAUUAUGUUUCAUUGAAGGUAAAGCCCUUAAAUUUGCAAAUGAAGAUUUGGCUCUUUUACGAAAAGCAGAAUAAGACUACUAACCUAUGUUAGAAAACAGUCUUCUUUUUUUUAUAUAUGUUCUUAAAACCUCUGUGUUGUUGAAAUAAUUUGGGGGAGGAGAAUUCAGACGAGUGUGUGCAAAACCUUUUUAACCAUUUGCUGUUAGUGUGUCCACUUUGUGCCUUUAUGAAGUCAUAAGUUAACAGCUGAUCUAAACCUGAAGUUUUGCAGGAGCACAACAUGAAGGGGCCAGAUUGCACGAGAUGCUGCAGGAGGACCACGGCAGCUGUUGUGGCAUGAACAAAACCAGGUUUAAUUCUUCUAAAUGUAAUCCCAGCACACACAACCUGUUGGCAUGAGCUAAACAUCAGCAGCAGCAGCCGUUGUUUUUUUAAAUCAUAAAUCCUGGAAAGGAAGCUAUUUUUUUGUAGUGUAACAACAAAUGUGCAUAUCAGCCUAAUGUGGCCCAUUUCUUCUGCAGUGGCUCUUUCCUUUAAGCAGAACAUGCUGUUGGGUUUGAUUCUCAUACAUGCACACGUGCCUUUUGCUGCUAUUCAGCUUGAUAAAGGUUGGGUUUUUAAACACUUUGUUUUCCUCUAAUCAUGGACCAAUUUAAAUAAUUUAUAAAUGGACAUUUAUAAUAAUGGAUAUUUUUACAAUUCUUACAAGAAAUGUGUUGCAUAACAGCUCCUUUCAACCACCUCAGGUCUUACAAGUGAUGCCUCUGAAGCACUCCACUUAUAAAUUUCCUCGUCCAUUCCUCAUUGUGACUAUAUUCCUCGUGAGCGAUAUUUGGCAUUUAUUUAGUCUGACCUGACAGCAGAAAAAAUUGAUGAACACAUACAUGGACACAUGUUAUACAGGGUCAAAUGUUGUCAGAAGGUAUCAGCUUGCAGUUUUUGCACAUUGUUCUGAAUGUUUACCCUGUAAAAAAAAGCCUUAAUGAUACUCCUGUGCAGUGUAUUGUAUGUGGUCAUUCUGGUUUUAUAAACACUUCCAUGCAUUGUUUAAAUGCAACAGCCAUCUUUUCAUAUAUAACUCAGAUAUUUAUGAAUCACAAUAAAUGUCUUGUACUGUACACUUGAA